AUGGAGUUCAGCACCAAGAGUGUGGCGAGGUCAGGGAGACAAUCUAAUGCCUCAAGGGUUUUCAAACUAAUGGAUGACAUGGCAUUACCAACACAGAAGGUUAUGAUAGGUGUCACUGAGAACAAACAACAGCUGAUCCCUCUGAUCUGUGGCAUUAAAAAAAGCAAGACAUCUGAAAAAGAUGCCCAUACAAUACUAUUAGAGACUGCUGAUAGGUUAUAUUAUGAAGACAAAAAAGAGGAACUUUACAAACUGCUAGAAAAACAUAAGGAUGAAAACGAUGAUGAGAUUCUGUGGCGACUAGCGAGGGCAGCUGUAGAUAAAGGAAAGAACACCAACAAGGAGGUGCAGAAACCAAGCUGUUACGAAGGGCUCAAGUACAUCAAGAGGGCCCUAUCAAUAAACCAGAAUAACUGGGCUGUACAUAAGAGUGCUGUAAUGCUGAACCCCAAUGAUGCCUUCUCUUUUCACUCCCUAGGCUGCUGGUGUUAUGCGAUAGCAAACUUAAACUGGUACGAGAGACUGUUUGCAGCAGCGUUUUAUACUAAUCACCCGACAUCAACUUUUGAAGAGGCGUUACAUUGGUUUCUGCUGGCAGAAAAAAAUUAUCCGGACUUCUCCGCCAUGAACCUAUGUAUGCUGAGCAUGACGUACUUGCAGCUAGGGGAUACCACGUCGGCAAUUCAUUACUUUCAGCGAUGUGUUGAACUGCCAGUACCAUAUGGCACGCCAGUUGAUAAACGGCAUGCUGAAUUCCGGAAAGAAGACAAAGCUAUCGACGAAAGCGAUGAUUACCAGGAAGUGCCGGACAAUACCGAUGAUGAUAUUCCACUUGCAAGACUGGCAGCCAUAUUCGGCUCGUCUAAAAGCACAGACGACUACACCAGCAUCGGCAACAAUCUUCAAGUAAUCGAGGACAUAUCCGACAACAACAUUUUGCAAGACCCCCCGAGAUAUGGAAACAAAUGUAGAAGAUACUGCAUCAUCGUCAGAUGA